AUGAUCCGGUCACAACUCUGGUCCCGGCUCCGUCGCGGCUCUUCAUGCCCAAGUUCCUUUAUUUCUGCAUAUCAAUCAAUACUUCCCUGUCGCUCCUUCACGCAAACACCCAUCCUCCCCGCCAAACCCCUCCCAGCCCGCCUCAAAAUCAACGAUGCCGACCUAACAGUAUCCUACCUAAAAGGCACCGGACCCGGUGGCCAGAAGAUUAAUAAAACCAACUCCGCCGUCCAAAUCAUCCACGCGCCGUCUGGGAUCGUCGUCAAAUGCCAAGCGACGCGAUCACGCUCGCAGAAUGAGAAGAUUGCGCGCUCGCUGUUGGCGGAUAGAGUGGAGGCUCGGGAGAAGGGGGACCAGAGUCGGGUUGCCUUGAAGGCGGAGGCGGCGAGGAGGAAGAAGGCGAGUAAGGUUAAAAAGGCAAGGAGGAAGUAUCGGGAUUUGGAGCAGGGUGGUGAAGAGGGAGGGAGUGAGGGGUUGGGAAAGGAGGAUGUGGAUGGGAAUGAGGAUGUAGAAGUGGAGGGGAAUAUCGAAAAACCGACGACUGAGAAUGGCACAUCGGAGAAGGGCCCGUCGACGUGA